GGAUGAUUUGCUGAGAUAACGUUGUGUCGCUAGUGGGCGUCACGAAAACCAAGUCACAGAAUGGCUAUGAAACAGUAACUACUAGAACAUACCAGGAGAUGUUGAUCUGAAACGGUAGACAAAAUGGAAGACAGCACCGGUCCGAGUGAAAGCCAGGAGUUGAACAGCAGUGGGGUGCGUCAGAGGAAAGUGAUCCGAAAAUACGGACAAGCUCAUGAACCACCGUCAGACGAUCAGCUGUUCUACGUCUCUGAUGACAACUAUGGAAUGUUCACUCAGGGACGAGAUUAUGAACCAGUGUACAUCACACACAAGUACACGGAGAAGGAAAAGGAAACUCUUGCCACAUUUGAGAGCUUGGAUUAUCUCCCUUCCCACAGUUUUAUCUACAAGCACUGGAUAAAACGGCAGGUUAUAACGAGACUGCAGCUUGAUCGGUGGGUGAUGAUGGGUCUCAUCGGCUUCAGCGUCGGCCUCAUCGGGUUUCUUCUCCAUCAGCUCAUCGAGGAAAUUGCCAAGUUCAAGUGGAACAUGCUACAGAAGUUUCUACAGGAUGGUGAGUCAGCCAUUGCCUGGUUGUUUGCGGUCGGUUACAGUAUUAUCUUCAUCACAUUCAGUGCUGCAGUUGUCAUAUUCUGGCGUCCGAGUGCUGGUGGUUCAGGUAUUCCCGAAGUCACUGGCUAUCUGAACGGCACCCACAUUCGACACAUCUUCAGUCUGCAGACGAUGAUCGUCAAGUUCGUGUCCUGUGUCACGGCCAUCGGAUGUGGCAUGCCGGUCGGGCCCGAGGGACCCAUGAUUCACUUAGGAGCUCUGGCAGGUGCAGGCGUCAGUCAGGCCGGAUCUGAAAGCCUCCGAUUCCGACUUCCAAUAUUUCAGAGAUUCAGAAAUUCAGAAGACAGGAGAAACUUCAUCUCUGCCGGUGCUGCAGCUGGAGUCUCCUCCGCAUUCGGGGCUCCUGUAGGAGGCCUGCUGUUCGCGAUGGAGGAGGUGUCGUCGUUCUGGACAACGACCUUGUCCUGGCAGAUCUUCUUCUGCUGCAUGAUUUCCACCUUCACCACCGACCUCUUCAACUCUGCGUUCGAGGGAUUCACAUACACCGGGCAGUUCGGAGCGUUCAAAACAGAGAGAUAUAUCUUAUUUAACAUAAACAAGGGUGUGGAUGUAAACAUCUUGAUGUUUAUUCCAACUGUUGUGAUUGGUCUGAUAGGGGGGAUAACUGGAGCUCUGUUUACCAUCAUCAAUCUGAAAAUGGCUCGCACACGUAAGAGGUUGAUGUCGAGCAUUAGUCGACCCUGGAUUCAGAAAACAAUUCGAAUGGUAGAGCCAGCCAUUAUCAUGGUGCUUGUAUCAACAUUUGUGUUGUUCAUGCCUGCUGCAUUUCCAUGCACAGAGUACACAUGUAUUGAAGGCAAAAGCGGUCCAAUCAGUAAAAACUGUCUGAAUGAUACUAGAAAUCCUCUCCAUGUUGAACCAGCUGUGAUGAAAUAUACUUGUAAUCCGGGAACAUCAUGGCGAGUUAACGAGACGACUUACACAAAUGGAACUUAUAAUGAACUUGCAUCUCUUCUGUUUGGGACACUGGAGACAUCUGUGAAGCACCUGUUUUCACGUGACACUCAGUUCCAGUUCGGGUUCCCUACACUGUUCACAGCCUUACCGUACUUCUUCUUCGCCGUCUGCUGGUCAUCAGGCACGUCCAUAUCGUGCGGGAUGCUUGUACCCAUGUUAUUGAUUGGUGCUCUGUAUGGUCGUAUCAUUGGUCUAGUGAUGGUGACGGCGUUUGGCGCCCACACGGAGCCCGGCAGUUUCUGGGGAUGGAUGGAUCCCGGAGCCUUCGCACUCAUUGGUGCUGCCUCAUUUUUUGGAGGAGUUUCACGACUCACAAUGGCUGUCACUGUUAUCAUGAUGGAAUUGACCAAUGAUAUUCAAGUGUUACUGCCAGUAAUGGUCGCCGUCAUGGUUUCUAAGUGGGUUGGUGAUUUCUUCACACAUCCAAUUUUCCACGCUCAUCUAGAACUUAAAUGCAUUCCAUUUCUCGAGACCGAACCAAGAGUCACGAUAGCAAAGAAAAGCAUCCAGCUCGAGUUGUAUGCUGCCAAAGAUGUAAUGUCAACACCUGUGGUUACCAUUAAUCGGAUUGCUGAAGUAUCUUUACUGGCCGAUUUAUUGUUAUCGACUACACACGGCGGUUUUCCCGUUGUCAAGAAGGAUCGAAAUGGAGAGGAUGUUUUCUAUGCUUUAAUAACCAGGUUGGAGCUGGCUGUUCUGCUCAUGAACGAAGAUCUGUUCCAGCAGCGUGGUCAGGAAGAAUCUAUAGAGGCAGCGGCCGAUUCAUCGUGGAUAGAAUACGAAAAUCUUGUUAUUGAUAAGCUGACAGAUCCCGUGCAAGUUACGACAACAUUAGAGAAAUACAAAGAUGAGCCUCGUUACAAAGAACUCUUUUUUAAUCUCGAUCCGUAUGUGAACCAAUCAGCUUUGGCCAUUCAAGAGAAGUUUUCCUUACAGCGUACAUACAUCUUGUUCCGAACGCUGGGUCUUCGCCACCUGACCGUGGUAGAUUCGAUGAACCGUGUCAUGGGUUUUAUCACGCGGAAGGACUUGAUGGGUUUUAGUAUGCAGGAGAAGAUUGCUAUCGUUCUGUCGAGGCAGAUCGAGAACGACGGAAGAAAUCCAACUGGGAUCGACGUGGAAAUGGAACCAGCCCCCAGAAUAUAAUGAAGCAGAAGGAAUGUUCUUUUGUAAUUACAAACUUUACACUGUUAUGCGAUUUACUCUAUUCCUAUUGGAUGAAGUCAUUAAAAUACGGAGGGCAUGUUUACUCUUGACAAACAUCAGAAUAUGAUGUCAUUACGUCAAAUGGGAUGUUAUAAUGUAAAAUUGGUAAAACAAAAAGGACAUUAAAAACUGAUUUAUGUGUAUUUUUAACUAUAUGUACAUACAUGUAAUUGGUAAUUAUUUAAUUAUAUGAAUUGUUCAUCAUUUUUUGUAAAUUUAUCGAUGUACAACAGUCACACAUUUAGUAUAAAAUUGCUUUAUACAAUACAAUUUCUGACUGUUACACCUUGGUAAAUUUUUUAAAAAACAAUUCUCGUAUAAUUUUAAAAUUCUACUUAUAUACCACUUACUCAAUUCUAUUGUAACUGUAUCUAAAUGUGUUACAGCUUCUUAGAUUAACCAAACUUAGUGUCCGCUUCCAAGUGUUGAAACUAGUGUCUGUGACUUUAAUAGAUAUUUCUGUCUCUUCUACAUAGUUGCAUCUGCUUCAACAACUUUUAGCUCGUUUCCUCACUUCUUACAGGUUUAAGUUUAUUAUUACAUUAGUGAGGCAUUAUGGAGAAACUUUUGAUUUGACUCAAAAUUUGUUAUAAUGAACAUAAUAAUAUUGUGUAUAUUGAAAUUUCUAAAUAUUUAUGCCUUUUCUAUUGGCUUGAGAUAAAUAUGCACUUUAAUAGUCUAUUUUGUGUUAAAUGUACACAAAAUCCUUGAUGGAUAACUGUUUAAUUUCAUUUUGUUUUAUUAUUUAAGUGUAUACGUUUUAGGUUGUGAAAUUCAGUGAAGAUUUUACAUGGCAAAAUCCUCUACAUUAUGUCUAUGUUAUGCUUUGUUUAACGACUGUUACCUAAAUUUAUAUCCGAUAUUUACCUUAUUUCUUUGUUAUGGAAGUACAUGUGUAUGCAGGCCUGUAGGAACAACAUUUAGUGGGGUACACAAUCUCUAGAGAUGGGGUCACAGUGGGGGAGUGGGCACAAGCCAUAUUUUUAUUUCUGUUUAUAUAGAGUUGGACAAAAAACCAUAU